AUGACGGACGAGAAAGCUUUCGAUGCUGCUUCUAGCAGCUCGUCCAAUGCCAAGCCAGGCGUCCCCGGCAGCAAGGAGGUCUCGCAAAUCCACACAACCACCUUAGCUGAAGUCGUGCCCGUCCAGCGCUCGUCGAACCCGUUUAAACGUGCCUACAGCCUACCUAUUGUCCAGAUCGCCCUCGUCGGCAUGGUCUGUUUCCUUUGUCCAGGCAUGUUCAACGCAAUCUCCGGCAUUGGUGGUGGUGGACAGGUCAACCCAGACGCUUCCAACAAGGCCUCCAUCGCUCUCUACUCGACAUUUUCGGCCGUCUCGUUCUUUGCCGGAACCAUUCACAACAAGCUUGGCUCGCGUUUGACGCUCGGUCUGGGUGCGCUCGGCUACUGCCUCUACAUCGGAGCCUUCCUCUCGUACAACAUCAACAAAAACGAGGGCUUCGUGAUUGCUUCCGGUGCCAUCCUUGGUGUCUGCGCUUCGCUCCUCUGGUCAGCUCAGGGUGCGCUUAUGCUCGCAUACCCCACCGAGUGGCAAAAAGGUCGCUUCAUCAGCGUGUUCUGGGUCAUCUUCAACAUGGGCGCUGUGCUUGGUUCGGCGAUCGAGCUGGGUCUUACCUACAACUCGACGGAGAACACGGUUUCGAACGGCACCUACGCUGCUUUCGUUGUGCUCACCGGCUUGGGAGCAGGAGUGACGGCGCUACUCAUGGACCCGGCCAAGGUGGUUCGAGAUGACGGCACGCGCGUUCUGGUGCCCAGUCAGACGACAUGGGCCAAGGAGUUCCAGGGGCUGUUUCUGCUGCUGCGCUCGGAUCCGUGGGUGAUACUACUGUUCCCCAUGUUCCUUGCCUCGAACUGGUUCUACACGUGGCAGUUUAACGACUACAAUGGAGCGCUGUUUACGCUGCGAACGCGCGCGCUCAAUGGCCUGCUCUACUGGCUCAGCCAGAUGGUGGGAAGCUUGGCCAUUGGCCAGGUGCUGGACAACAAGCGCAUGUCGCGAAAGUCGCGCGCCUGGAUCGGAUGGAGCAUCGUCUUUGUCGUCAUGUGGGCGGUCUGGGGUGGAUCGUAUGAUGUACAGAAGACCUACACGCGUGCCAGCGUGGCUGCAGACACUGCAAACACAAAUCGCGUCGACUUCAGGGACGGCAGCAAGUACGCUGGUUACUGCUUCCUCUACAUCUUUUCGGGCAUUCUUGACGCUAUCUGGCAGACUCUGGCGUACUGGCUGAUGGGUGCCUGCUCCAACGAUCUCUCAAAGCUGGGCUACUUGGCUGGAUUCUACAAAUCGAUCCAGUCGGCCGGUGCGGCGGGAGCAUAUGCGAUGGACAACGACAAGCACCCUUACAUGACCAACCUGGCGGUGACGUGGGGCAUCUGCGUUGCGGGAAUGCUCUUCGCGCUUCCGGUCAUCGCUCUGCGUGUCACGGAGCACACCGAUCCUCUUCAGGAGGUGACUGUACCUGGUCGAGCCGAAGAGAUUGCUGCCGUGGACGAGCAGAUUGGUGCGACUGGUCUCAACGAGAAGCACACCUGA